CACACGGCCUAACUGCUGCUGCUGCUGUGUAAAAGCUGUGAAGGAUGGUGGCAGCAACUGAAGGAAUGACGGGAGCCUUCGGCCUGCUGGCUGCAGUCCUGACGGUUGUGUCGGUGGCAUCACUGAGUUUAUUUACACUUUUCUGUCUGCGGUGCAAAAAGAAAGAAAAGAUCAUACAUGAGGAGCCUCAAAUAUACAACCCACAGAUAUUCCAGCGUGGGGGAAGCCAGUUUGCAGUUAUGCGCUCAAAAACAGUCACCAGAAGCAAGCAGACAUCUUCAACUGAAAAUGCUGAGCAUUCCCCCAGAGCUCCAGCUGAGGAACAGGCAGAUUAUCAAAAUAUCACAGAAUUUCAGACAGUUGAUGCGAGUCUGGAACACGACUAUGUAGCUCCCAUCCCAGUGUCCGUCUAUGAAAAUCAGAAGAGAAGCAUAUCUGAUGCCGAUCCGACUCCGGGCAUUUAUGGAAACGUUUUCCCACCGAUGCCCACAGCAGACGAUGACGACUAUGAAAACUCUGCAUACCUGAACCAAAUUGCUGAGGCCGAUGAACCGGAUUACGAGAAUGAAAGCUGAGACUGCACCUGAACACACCACUGAUCAGAUCUGAGUGCAGCUGUAUAAUUUUUAAUCUCCAUAUAUGAAGUGAAAUGUGGUGAAGUCUGCCAUCUGGUGGUAAAAUGAAUCCAUUUUCAUCUGCUGCAAAGUAACGUCAGUGUUCCAGUAAAUUCUUGGACUUGUUAGAUGUUCAGACAAAGUUGUGCUUCACUAGUGUAGUAGUCACUAGUGACUAUUUCCUUUUAGCUCAUUUUCAGCCAGCAAUCUGGUUGUUUUAUUACAUACGGGAUGGUUUUUGUUUUUUGGGGGUUUUUUGUAAGAAAAUGUUGCUCUUGAAAAAAUUAAAAAUUCCAAUUAAAAAUUUUCCUGAAAGGUUAAGACAAAUUUGCAGCCCUUUAGGUCAUUAAAGGACAAAACAAGCCUCUUUAAAAAACUGUUAUAAAACAUUACAGAUUCUACUUUUCACUUUAUGCGUGUUUAAAUCACUCAACUUUCCAACAAGAAAUAUCAAAUAUGUAGUUUGAAAUAUUUUCUUACACUUUAAAUGCCAGUUGGAUCACAAGUCACCAUUUUUAUGAAG